ACCAUGACCCGCGUUCUUAUCUUCGGCACCGGUAGCAUCGGCUCCGUAUAUGCCUACAUCCUCGACCGAGCAGGCUGUUCUGUAAUCUGCAUCUGCCGCUCGAACUACGACGUCGUCGCAACCAAUGGCUUCACAAUCAACAGCGCCAUCUUCGGACAAAACCUAACCGUGCGCCCUCACGUAGUCAAAAGCGUCGAAGAUGCGGCCACGUACGCUCAAGAACAAGGUCAAGACUUCGACUACAUCAUCGUGAGCAGCAAGGCCUUCCCAAAUGCCACCCCCAGCACCGCCAGCGUCAUCGCUCCCGCCGUUGGCAAGUCCACCGCCAUUCUCCUCAUCCAAAAUGGCAUCGCCAUAGAGGAAGAGUACGCAACCGCCUUCCCCGCAAACUCCAUCAUCUCCGCCGUGACCUACGUUCCCGCCACGCAAACGGCGCCAGGUCUCGUCACGAUGGGCGCCCUCGACGGCCUCGAAAUCGGAACCUAUCCAGCCGAGCCGCUAGACAGCGCUAUGCCCGCUGUAACAGCGUUGAAGCGCCUCGCUGAGCUGGUUGCUGCCGGUGGCGCCACAGUCACCUGCUACCCUGACGUCCAGGUCCGUCGCUGGCGCAAGAUGAUCGUCAACGCGACGUGGAACCCCACGUGUGCACUUGCGCAUCAGAGCGACGUGCAGUUCAUGGACGCAUCUCCGCAGUCGAUCGAGUUCAUCUGGGACGCUAUGCUCGAGGUUGUCGCCGUGGCGCAGGCACUGGGCUAUGUUGAUGUUACUGUAAAGGAUGCGGAGCAGCAACUCGACCGUGCAAAAGGACGCAUUGGAACCAAGGGCAUCGAGUUUAGCAUGUUGGCGGAUGUGAAGGGAGAGAGGCCCAUGGAAGUUGAGGCAAUUGUUGGGAAUGCGGUUAGGCUCGCAAAGGAAAAGAGCGUGUCAACGCCGUACCUUUCCGCGUUGUAUGUACUUUCAAAGGGACUGGAUACGGGGAUCAUGCAUAGAGCGGCAAACAUUUAGAAAGCAGAUGAUAUUAGAGCAUGUAGACAAACAAAACAAAGCCAAAACCCAACCCAUCACCAACUCCAGUCUGUACCUAGACUUUCUUCCCCUUACCCCACACAGCCGAAAAUGGCACAUACUUUGAAGGAUUUUCCUCCCCCUGAGUCCACCUCAACACCACCAAACUUUUUGCCACCUGAAACUCCCGAAUCCCCAUAUCCUUCUCAUCCUCCAUCCACCCGCCUUUCUUAUACGCACUCCACACACCCCAACAAACUACCCGCACAGCCUUGAGCUUAAACUCCUCGUCCAGCUGCUCCUGGUCUUUCUCCUCGGCAUACUCCUUCGUACGAUUCAUCGUCUUCUCAUUAAACGCAAUCAUCGUCUGAGGUGUGUAUAACUGAUCCUUGUACACCCCACCGCAGUGAUAAAUCGUGUCUCCAUCCAGGCGCAUGCGCAAGUGCAUCCGUGCCGCCAGCG